CCUCCAGCAAGCACCAGUUCCAUUUCAUUCCGUGGUGGUCGAGCACAGAGCUAUCGUCGGAGUGGGACUUCUCGGAAAGGUGUAACGAGUGCAACUAAAUUGUACCGACAAUUAUUGUGAUAACGAGACCAAGAAAAUAAUUAAACAUUACUAAAACAGAGAUAAGGAAAAAAAUUGUGCCGUGAAUCUUCGUGGAAUCUAAAUCCAACCAAAAUCCAAGUGAAUAAAAAAAAAACCUCCAGCACAAAAUCCCAUCGCAAUCACUCGCCAGAAAUCGUUACACAAGAAAUCAUACGCGUUUGAAAGUGCGUGAAAUCGAAAAAUAAGGUUCAAUUUCCCGGAAGAAAACAGAAGCAACAAAAAAAGAAGCACGUACGACCGGAAUCAAUCUUCAAAGCAAGUGCCAUCAUCCCCGGAGGGGAGCCAAGAAGACGCAGAUUUUCCACCCCGUCCUGAAAAUGCCACUUGGGAUGCUGCCGCCCGGAACUUGGUCGCCGGUAAAGGUGGUGAUGCUGGUGGUGCUGGUCCUGCUGGGGCCGGGCCUUCGACAAGUUCAUGCUCUUCGAUGCUUUUCCUGCAGCGUGACGGCCAGUUCCGGGGACAAGAACUGCAUCAGCGAUCCGUCCAGCGUCGAGGGCCAAAGUGUGGUCAACUGCAACCGGAAAUACUGCACCAUCCAGCGGCAGGAGCUGAUUGAUCCUCCCGGAAAGCUGAACACGUUUCUGCGAAGCUGCGAGGAGAGCCCACUGUACCUGAACGACGUGAUCGAUGACCCAACGUUCCGUACGUACUACCGGUCCUGCUCUUCGGACCUCUGUAAUUCCGGUGACGGAAUGGAAACGGCCGGUGGCCUGUCCGGCCUGGAUGCCGGCGCAUCGGAGAACCUGCUCGUGCCCGGACUGGCGGCCUCCUCCCAGCGGCGACCGCCACCGUAUUUCACCGGAAUGUCACUUGCCAUGUUGGCGGCAGUGGUCUCGUGGCGAACCUGUUUCGGAUUAAUUUUCCAAUAAAUUAUCAACACCUGACAGCACGAA